UCAAUAGCAUAGGCAACUCAAAGCUUUAAUCGUCAAUUUAACACCUUUGUAUUUUUUUAUUAGCAAUCGGUAUGAAGAGUAAUUUCGUCCCUGAACUAGAUUUUAUCACGAAAUUGUUAGAGCUGACCAGGAGUGUAUAUAUGUAGGCUACAAUCCCGUGUCAUCAUUUUGGUUUAAAUGCUUUUAUUAUAGAGCUAUGAGGCCUUGAGUACAGAUUAUUAGUAAACAAAGGUGUCAUUUUGCUUUAUCAACGAUAAAAUCUGAACUAAGGAGACAUGGGAACCGAGAACGGUCAUGUAGCACAGAUGCAAGAGUUCUUGUCGGAGCAGAAUAGCUUUAUUUAUGGGCGGAGCACUCACAACCAGCGGAUUGAAGCCUUUUGGUGUAUGCUGCGUAAAGAAUGCAUACAAUUUUGGAUGGAUGUUCUGAAAGCAUUGAAGGAUGUUGGGGAUUUUGCAGGAGACCCGCUAGACACAAGCCUCGUCCAAUUCUGCUUCAUGACUUUGGUCCAGACUGAUCUGGAUAGGGUCACGUCUGUAUGGAACUGUCACCGCAUACGACGCACAAAGAAUCAGAACGUUCCCAAUGGAAGACCAAUCGUUCUGUUCUCUAUGCCAGAAUUGUAUGGCCGACGAGACUACCUGCGACCAGUCAACCAAGGACAUAUCGAAGCAUGUUU